AAAUUAAAGCAAACCACGUUAGCUCUUACCUCAUUUUCGCUAUCACUUUUUGUUCUCUUUCUCUCUCCGUCUGCGGAACAUACAACGAAGACUCUUGACUCUGUUUAUCAAAGGAAAUGUCAGGAUCACAGAGCAGUUUAAGAAGGUAUCUUGGAGCUAUCAAAGAUACAACAACAGUUUCAUUAGCAAAAGUCAAUAGUGGUUACAAGGAAUUGGAUAUUGCUAUUGUGAAGGCUACUAAUCAUGUGGAGCGUCCAUCUAAAGAAAGAUACAUCAGAGCUAUUUUCAUGGCUAUCUCUGCAACAAGGCCUCGUGCAGAUGUUGCUUAUUGCAUCCAUGCUCUGGCUAGGCGGUUAUCUAAAACACAUAACUGGGCGGUUGCACUGAAAACUCUUAUAGUGAUUCACCGGGCCUUGAGGGAAGUGGACCAGACGUUUCAUGAGGAAGUUAUUAAUUAUAGCAGAAGCAGGAGUCAUAUGCUUAACAUGUCUCAUUUUAAAGAUGAUUCGAGUCCCAAUGCAUGGGUUUACUCUACUUGGGUCCGUUUCUAUGCUCUAUUCUUAGAGGAGCGACUAGAGUGUUUCCGUGUUCUCAAGUACGAUGUUGAGAUCGACCCACCAAGAACCAAAGAGUUGGACACUCCUGAUUUGCUCGAACAACUUCCAGCACUACAAGAACUUCUUUUCCGUGUUCUUGAUUGUCAGCCUGAAGGGGCAGCAGUUCAAAACCAUAUUAUACAACUGGCACUCUCAAUGGUUGUAACGGAGAGCACUAAAAUCUACCAAGCACUGACAGAUGGCAUUGACAAUUUGGUUGAUAAGUUCUUUGAGAUGCAACGGAACGAUGCUCUUAAGGCGUUGGAUAUGUACAGAAGGGCUGUAAAACAGGCAGAGAGGCUUUCUGAAUUUUACGAAGUUUGCAAAAGUGUUUAUGUUGGACGUGGAGAUAGUUUUGUCAAGAUUGAGCAGCCUCCCACUUCUUUUCUACAAGCAAUGGAAGAGUAUGUGAAAGAAGCACCAUUAGCAGCAGGUGCCAAGAAGGAGCAGGCAAUGGAAAAGCUUGCAGCUCCCAAAGAGAUCUUAGCCAUAGAGUACGAAAAGCCACCAGAAGUUGUUGAAGAGAAACCGGUAUCACCUGAACCUCCGGUUAAAGCAGAAGCAGAAGCAGAAGCAGAGAAGCCUGUAGAGAAACAACCUGAUUUGCUGUCUAUGGAUGAUCCAGCUCCAGGGGUCUCUGAACUUGAUGAGAAGAAUGCUUUGGCUUUGGCUAUUGUCCCUGUUACCGUUGAGCAACCAGUUUCUACAAUUGAUUUCACAAAUGGGAAUUCGUCUGGCUGGGAAUUGGCACUUGUGACUGCCCCAAGCUCAAAUGAAGUUGCUGCUGCUAAUAGCAAAUUGGCGGGUGGAUUGGACAAGCUGACACUUGACAGCCUAUACGAGGAUGCAAUCAGAGUGAAUCAACAGCAAAACAGGAGCCACAAUCCAUGGGAACAGCAUCAUCCAGUUCAUAACGGUCCCAUGAUGCACCACCAGCCUUUCUUUGCAUCUAAUGGAGUCUCAGCUCCUCCUCCUGUUCAAAUGGCGAAUCAAUAUCAUCAGCCGUAUGGGUUUCAGCAUCAGAACUCAGGAAUGAUGAUGGGACCUGUGCAGCCUUAUCAGCAGCAGCAACAACAACAACAGAACAUGAAUCCCUUCGGCAACCCGUUUGUCUCGAAUGGUAAUCCACACCAACCAUAUGGCUCCGUUCAAGGAGGUUACAAUCCAUAUUCUAGCCUUAUGUAAGAUGUGACACUAAUGUAUGUUUGUGUACAAUCUAUAUAAAUAUACAAGUAUAUGUUGUGAGGUGAUUGUAGCUAGAGAGAUUCUUUCUUUUUUUUGUUGUUGUUGUUGUUGAGUAAAUACAUACAUUACGUCUCUGUAUGUGUGUGUAUGUAUCUGUAAGCGAGAGAUUAUAUGAUUCUUGAGGACACCAUUUGGUUUUGAUAAA